CAUCGUCAAUGAUUUGCAUUUGUCGAUUAUUUUCUUUUCUUCUUCCUCUCUCUUCGUUCUCUCUCUCUCUCUCUUAUUCCUUUCUCUCCGAAUCCACGUCCUAGAUCCGUUGUUCUCUUCCCACAGUUCUCACUGAAUCAGGAUCCUAAUUAGGUUGUACUCAUUGCACAAAAAAUUUCUACGCCGAGAAAUUCUAAGCCUUGCAUAUUAUCAUUGGAUUCCAAGUUGUUUUUGUUUCCCUCAUAUUUCUCCGACAACUACCUCUGCAUUGCAUUGCUGUUCUACUUUCACGCCGGUUCCAACACACCACACGCUAGAAAUUGAUUAGAUUUUGAUACCAAGUUGCUGUUGAAUAUCGAGUUUGCUCUUUAGAGAUCUGUUUCCCUCUAGACAACGGUCUGUGUGACCUGUUAUUUUAGUUGAAUCGAAGCCGCGACCAAAUCUUCCUGAUCUUUGCCUGAGGUGAUGGCAUCGGCGGGUGUAGCACCUGCUUCUGGAGUAAGAGAUGUGAAUGCAAAUUCGGUUGCUGUUGAAAGGUUGCCUGAUGAGAUGAAUGGCAUGAAAAUUAGGGAUGAAAGGGAAAUGGAAGCAACUGUGGUAGAUGGAAAUGGGACUGAAACAGGACAUAUAAUUGUUACUACCAUUGGUGGUAAAAAUGGCCAGCCAAAGCAGACAAUAAGCUAUAUGGCUGAGCGAGUUGUUGGAAAUGGAUCAUUUGGUGUAGUUUUCCAGGCAAAGUGCUUGGAGACAGGGGAAACUGUGGCUAUAAAGAAGGUUCUUCAAGACAAGAGAUACAAGAACCGGGAACUGCAAACCAUGCGUCUUCUGGACCAUCCCAAUGUUGUAACUUUGAAGCAUUGUUUCUUUUCAACAACUGAAAAAGACGAGCUUUAUCUUAAUUUGGUACUUGAGUAUGUUCCUGAGACUGUCCACCGAGUUAUCAGACAUUACAACAAAAUGAAUCAAAGAAUGCCUUUGAUAUAUGUGAAACUCUAUUUUUACCAGAUAUGUAGAGCUCUAGCUUAUAUUCACAACUGUAUUGGAGUGUCUCACAGGGACAUAAAACCUCAAAAUUUACUGGUCAAUCCUCACACUCACCAGCUAAAGAUUUGUGACUUUGGGAGUGCAAAAGUCUUGGUCAAAGGGGAACCAAACAUAUCUUACAUCUGCUCUAGGUACUAUAGAGCACCUGAACUUAUAUUUGGUGCAACUGAGUACACCACGGCCAUUGAUAUUUGGUCAGCUGGUUGUGUACUUGGUGAACUAAUGCUUGGCCAGCCUCUAUUCCCUGGUGAGAGUGGAGUAGAUCAGCUUGUUGAAAUUAUCAAGGUUUUAGGUACCCCAACAAGGGAAGAAAUCAAGUGCAUGAAUCCUAAUUAUACCGAGUCCAAAUUUCCACAAAUUAAAGCUCACCCAUGGCACAAGAUCUUUCACAAGCGCUUACCUCCUGAGGCUGUGGAUCUCGUCUCAAGGCUACUGCAAUACUCUCCAAAUCUUCGAUGCACAGCUCUGGAGGCCUUGGUUCAUCCAUUCUUUGAUGAACUGCGUGAUCCAAAUACCCGCCUACCAAAUGGGCGUUACCUUCCCCCACUCUUUAACUUCAGAGCCAAUGAGCUUAAAGGAGUGCCUCCAGGCAUGCUGGUGAAACUGAUUCCAUCUCAUGCAAGAAAGCAGUGUGCCUUGUUUGCGUCAUAGUGUAGCCUCGUGUAAAUAUUAUCUACUCUGCCUGUAGAAGUGUAUGUAGUCUGUUUCAGGUUGUUAAUAGUUGGUUCCUUCCACCUUGUUCUGUUAAUUUGUCCCCCUCACCCAAAGAAAGAAAAACCCUCCUUCCAAUUUCUUAUAUUUCUUGCUGCCUGAAGAAAGCUGUUUGAGAAGAAGCUUCAAGUUGAUUUAAUUGGUUUCCUCAUCUUCAAAGUUUUAACAGAUUGUAUUAAGUAUUAAUACUAUUAAUUAGAAGAACCAUUGUAUACUCAUGUAGUAUACUAGAACACUAGUACGAUGUGAUCCCGGAGGGGAUGUUUUAAAGCUUGUUUGUAUAUCCCCGCCUCCCCUUAAUUAUGAGAAAUUUUACUUUGGAUGAUUAUCUUGCUUUCAAGGAAUUGUUGUUCAUGUUCCCUUA